AUGUCACCUCAGCCUACGCAGGAAAUCAUUGAUUUCUCCAAAACGCCUUUGGCAUCCAACUACACUGGCCUUUAUGCCUCUGUGCUCGACGGCCUAUUCACGGAGGCAGAAUGUUGUUCGCUUAUUAUUCUCGCUACCUCUCCUCUGUCCGCCAAUCAGGGUUCUCCAGGGUCUACUUCUCCCUCCGCCUUAUCAGAGCCUCUAGCCACCGAUGUAUCUGUGACCUCACCGUGGCGGCCUGCAGGUCUGAGUGCGGAAGCGUCUCACCAGACUGUGCAUGCCGACUUCCGCAACAGCGAGCGGAUCAUACGAAUUGACGCCCAUACCGCUGGCUGGAUAUACGACCGUGUGCGACCGUUCUUGGAGAGUGAGCUUGGGGCCAUCAAACAGGGAUCGAAAUGGGAUGCCGUUGUGGGACGAAAGGGGAAAGUAGACGGUACCUGGAAGCUGGCAGGACCGUGGCCGCGUCUUAGCUUUUUGCGCUACACGUCUGGUCAUUUCUUCAAGCAGCACUGCGACGGCCUCCUGACCGACCCUGCUGCCGAGAACACGCACUCCCGGGUUACCCUGCAUAUAUAUCUUAACAGCGACUGCGAAGGUGGUGCCACUCGGUUCUGGUCACCAGACAAGAAGCGCUAUCUCGACGUGGAACCUCGCAUAGGUCGUGUAUUGAUGUUUCAGCAGCGAAUGCUCGUCCAUAGCGGCGAAGAGGUCAGGGACGGCGUCAAGUACACAUUGCGCCUUGAUGUCAUGUUCCGGCAGGAAAAGCCUUGAGGUGGUAUUACCCUGGAGUCGUAGAGUCAUAACGGUGCGACGCGGCCACUCUUCUCCGUCGUUGAGGUCGCAUCUCGGAGGACAGAUUCAUGGCGGUUCACCUCGUCUUCAUCCAAAUAGCAUUAUCCGAUAAAACAGUCCGUACAUGCAAUACUGUAUACAACGAAGAUGUUC